AUGAUCAUCACCAUUAGUGUUGUCAUCAUCACCAACAUCACUGUCAUCACCAUCCUCAAUGCCAUCACCAUCCACAUCCUCAUUACCAACGCCAACACCAUCACUAUUAUCAGCUGGCUCGCUGUGCAGCUCGUGGAAGGUUCUGGCAGGUGUUCGGGCCGUGUCGAAGUGUACUUUGAAGGCGGGUGGUACACAGUGUGUGACGACUUUUGGGACGAGAAGGAAACAUAGGUGGUGUGUCGGCAGCUGGGCUGCAGGACAGCCGUCUCCGCCCCGGGAGAGGCCCGCUACGGCCAGGGCUCAGGCCCCAUCCUUCUGGACGAUGUGCAGUGUUCGGGGACUGAGGCCUAUCUGGGGCAGUUCCAUGCCGGCUGGUUCACCCACAACUGCGGGCAUGGGGAAGAGGCUGGUGUCCCCUGCUUGGAUGCUGAGAUCCUAACACCAUUCCCUGGUGAUUGGCCACAAUUGCGACUAGUGAAUGGGUCAGGCAGAUGUUCCGGACGUGUGGAAGUUUUCUACCACGGCCAGUGGGGCAGGGUUUGCGAUGACCGCUGGGACAUGAACGAAGCUGAUGUGGUGUGCCGGCAGCUGAACUGUGGCCGUGCCCUCGCAGCCCCUGUCAAGGCUCAAUUUGGUGAAGGAGAGGGCCAGUUUCUGCUGGAUGAUGUGGACUGUACAGGAAGAGAGAGUUUCUUGGGACAGUGUCCUCAUACCAACUGGUCCCUCCAUAACUGUGGUCCUAGGGAAGAUGCCAGUGUCGUCUGCUCAGGAACCUGGAUGGCCGUGAGGCUGGUAAAUGGCACAGGGAGUUGCUCAGGCCGAGUGGAGGUUCUCAUCCAGGGCAGGUGGGGGACUGUGUGUGAUGACCUCUGGGACCUGGCUGAGGCCACAGUGGUGUGCCACCAGCUGCAGUGUGGCCAGGCCGUGGCAGCCCCCUCAGGGGCCCACUUCAGGGCAGGGUCCGGGAAGAUCCUGUUGGAUGAUGUGCAAUGUGUGGGCAGUGAGAGCCACCUUGGGCAAUGCGUGCACAGAGCUGAGGCCGGGCACAACUGUGGGCACCUGGAGGACACCGGCGUCAUCUGCGCAGGUGCUGAUUCCACAGCUGCUCAGCCUACAGCCUAUGAGAACCUGCUUCCCACAUCAUUGGUGAUAUCAGCAGCUCAACACCCACCUUCUUCUGCACCUCCAGGAGGCUGGGCCCCCGUGCGGCUGGUAGGUGGCCAUGGAAGAUGCGCAGGCCGUGUGGAACUCUUCUACCAGGGAGUCUGGGGGACCGUGUGUGAUGACCUCUGGGACCUGCCAGAAGCAAACAUCAUCUGCAGGCAGCUGGGGUGUGGCUGGGCCAUUUUAGCCCCAGGUGAGGCCCACUUUGGGGAAGGCUCUGGGAAGAUCCUCCUUGACAACGUGCACUGCGGGGGAGAUGAACAGCACCUGGAGGAGUGCUCCCACAUCGGCUGGUUUUCCCACAACUGUGGGCACGGAGAAGAUGCUGGCGUGAUCUGUUCAGAUUGCACCAAUGAAUAUUUUGAAAUCCUGGACGGCCCUCCAUCCUCAACAAAGUCCCUGGGGAAGACCUGCUCUGGGUCCUACCUCACCUACUCGUCCUCCUCCAGCUCACUGACCCUCGUGUACUUCCGAAGCUUCAACAACAUAGGGAAAAACUUCGUUGCAUAUUAUUAUUCUGCAGCCAAAGAGGCAAGUUCAAGGACCCCACAUCUAAUCACAAUCCCAACAGCAACACCCAAGACAGUGACAGCAAGACCAGGGGACUGGCCAGAGCUGCGGCUGGUAGGCGGCUCAGGUCGGUGCUCAGGACGCGUGGAGGUCCUCCACCAGGGGGCCUGGGGCACCGUGUGUGAUGACCUCUGGGACCUGAACGAAGCCGAGGUCGUGUGCCGACAGCUGGGGUGCGGACGGGCCCUGUCCGCCCUGGGGAAGGCCCACUUCGGCCCGGGCUCUGGAAACAUCUUCCUGGACAACCUGCAGUGCUCCGGGGUGGAGCUCUACCUGGGCCAGUGUGCCCACUCGGGCUGGUCGGAGCACAACUGUGGCCACCACGAGGAUGCCGGCAUCAUCUGCUCAGAUGCAGAAGAGCUGCCUCCUCCCACACCUCCAGGUCUUUCCACAGCUUCUCGGGAUUAUAUAACAGGGGGAAGUAGCGCCUGCGGAGGGGUCUUGUCAAGUCUCUCUGGAUCCUUUUCCAGUCCACUGUACCCGGAAAGCUACCCGACGGGCAUCCAGUGUGUUUGGGAGAUUCAUGUGGAUAAAAAAUUCCGCAUAGAACUCAUGAUUCCAACUUUGAAGUUAGAGGACAUCUAUGGGUGCCCUUAUGACUUUAUUGAAGUGUUCGAUGGACGGCUAGUUGCCUCACUCUCCAUGGGCAGAUUUUGUGCUGGGACAGAGCUCACGUUCCUCUCCUCUUCAAACAUCAUGACUGUGGUGUUCAGAAGUGAUGCCAUGAUCACCAACACAGGGUUUUAUGCUCUGUACAAUGCCAUUCAGCAAGAGGGAAGGGAGAAUGGUGCAUCGCUGAGACUGGUGAACGGCAGUCACAGGUGUGAGGGCCGGGUGGAGGUCUUCUACAACGGCACCUGGGGCACUGUGUGUGAUGACAGCUGGGACAUGACAGACGCCAGGGUGGUGUGCCUGCAGCUCGGCUGUGGCGAGGCCUUGUCAGCCCCAGCUCAGAGCCACUUUGCUGGAGGCACUGGCCACAUCAUGCUGGAUGAUGUUCGGUGCACAGGGAACGAAGCCAAGGUGUGGCAAUGCGUGCACGAUGGGUGGUUCUCCCACAACUGCGGGCACCACGAGGAUGCCGGUGCCAUCUGCUCAGGUGAGCCCCCACAGGGCGCGGCACCCCUCGUAGAGAGUCUUGCCUAUCAGCAGCCUCUGGGAAGGGAGAGGUCAAUGCCAGCAGAUGAAAACUUCCCCUGUGGCGGUUUGCUCACAAAUAAUUCGGGCUCCUUCUCCAGCCCUUGGUAUCCUAAAAAAUACCCUGUAAAUGUGGUGUGCGCCUGGGACAUACACGUGGACGCCAGGGCUCGUGUCAAGCUCACAUUUGAAGUGGUGAAGUUGGAAAACUUCUACGGCUGUCCGUACGACUUCAUUGAAGUCUUCGACGGCCCGCAGACUGAAUCUUUUUCUCUGGGAAGGUUCUGUUCUGGUACAAUCCCAAUAUUCACCUCCUCCUCAAAUCGCUUGAUGGUGGUCUUCCACAGUGAUGCUAUCCUCACCAACAUGGGCUUUUAUGCAUCCUAUGAGUCUGUUGUGCAAGACGAGAACAAUACCGAUGUGGCCCUCAGGCUGGCCGGCGGCGGCCACCGGUGUGAGGGCCGCGUGGAGCUGCGCUACAACGGCACCUGGGGGACAGUGUGUGAUGACAGCUGGGACCUGCGUGACGCCCAGGUGGUGUGCGGGCAGCUGUCGUGUGGCAGGGCGGUGUCGGCCCCCGGCAGGGCACGUUUCCGCCGAGGCCUGGGCCCCAUUGCCCUGGACGACGUGGAGUGUGUGGGGACAGAGGCCAGGCUGUGGAAAUGCCUGCAUGGUGGCUGGUUCUCCCACAACUGCGGCCACCACGAAGAUGCCGGCGCCAUCUGCUCAGCCUCUCUGCCUUACUCAACACCAUCAGCCGCUAUGAGUUACCCAACUUCAGCAUCUUUCCCGAAGCCGACAGAGGUACCCACAUCAGCAGAUUCUGCAGCUGCUGGGCAUCCAGGGAUCUGUGAGUUCACCUCCAUUUUAUCUGCUGAUUGGUGCGAGGGCCGCGUGGAGAUCCUCUACGACGGCACCUGGGGGGCGGUGUGUGACCACCUCUGGGGCCUGCCCGCCGUGCAGGUGGUGUGCUGGCAGCUGAGCUGCGGGCCGGCCCUGGCGGCCCUGAGGGGCAGUCUGUUUGGUGGCGGCUCGGGCCCCAUCUUCCUGGACGCGGGCUGCACGGGCAACGAGAGCAGCCGGGCAAUGCCACACCUCGGCCUGUCGGUCCAUAACUGCGGACACCAUGAGGAUGCCGGGGCCAUGUGCUCAGGUGUGCCCGGCAUCACAGCCUCUUCCCCUGCUCCUAAGAAGAGCAGAGAAACGAAGAGCAAAAACGUGCCCGGAGAACAGGAACUACGGAAGCUGUCCCAGAACCAACAGAAACAGAUCCUGCAGUCGCUGGACUGCAGGGAGGGCAUUGGAGCCCUGGGGAAUGGCCGCUUUGGGGAGGGUGUGGGGAGCAUCCUCCUGGACGAUGUGCAGUCCCGGGGCAAUGAGGCCAUGCUAGGCACCCGGGCUUGCAUAUCCACAACU